UUCCGGUGCCUGGCUCCGUUUCCUGCUUUUGGUUCUUACGGGAGACGGCGUAGGCCUCAGGUGGGUUCGUGCACCUUUUACCUCGCUGUUUCGGUUUUCCUGGCUCCUCGGCCCUUUUCUCCCCUGUUGCAGCUGGGAGCGGACGAAGCGCGAAGCUGGGAUUUUUUACUGUCUCCUUCUGAAGAAUUUAACACAAACAUGGAUAUCAGACCAAACCAUACAAUUUAUAUCAACAAUAUGAAUGACAAAAUUAAAAAGGAAGAAUUGAAGAGAUCCCUGUAUGCCCUGUUUUCUCAAUUCGGUCAUGUGGUGGACAUUGUGGCUUUAAAGACCAUGAAGAUGAGGGGGCAGGCCUUUGUCAUAUUUAAGGAACUGGGCUCAUCCACGAAUGCUUUGAGACAGUUACAAGGAUUUCCAUUUUAUGGUAAACCAAUGCGAAUACAGUAUGCAAAAACAGAUUCGGAUAUAAUAUCUAAAAUGCGUGGAACUUUUGCUGACAAAGAAAAGAAGAAAGAAAAGAAAAAAGCCAAAGCUGUGGAACAGACUGCAACAACCACAAACAAAAAACCUGGCCAGGUCCCUGAUUACCCUCCAAACUAUAUUUUAUUCCUUAAUAACUUACCAGAAGAGACUAAUGAGAUGAUGUUAUCCAUGCUGUUUAAUCAGUUCCCUGGCUUCAAGGAAGUGCGUCUGGUACCAGGGAGGCAUGACAUUGCUUUUGUUGAAUUUGAAAAUGAUGGGCAGGCUGGAGCUGCCAGGGAUGCUUUACAGGGAUUUAAGAUCACACCAUCCCAUGCUAUGAAGAUCACCUAUGCCAAGAAAUAACAUUUGGGACAGUCGUCUUUAAAGGACUUGGUGUUAUUUAUAGUGUUUGUUUUGAUAACAUUUAGCUGGGUCAUUUUAAUAGUUAGAGAUUAGGGGGAGUAAAAGUGAAAUUUUUGUGAAGGACUUAAAUUAUCCAGUGUUUCUUUAUCCUUGGUGAACUAUGAAAUACGAAGACCUUAAUUUUGUACAAUAAACUUUGUAUUCUGUGUAUAUAAUGCUUUCUUUAUUGACUCAUUGCCCUAUCAUCAAAUGACUGUUCUGGUCUAGAACACACUUAAAGUUUAUAAAAUUGUGUAAUAGGAUGCUUUUCUAGUGUUAUUUUGAUGGAGCUAAUGAUACAACAUCAUUGAACCAUUUUAAUAAAAGUUAAGUAGAAUUAGAUCACAGAAGUUAGUAGAUGACUGUUGUAUUAAUGGUAACAAUGAUUGUUCUGGGUAUUAGAAGAAAAUGAGAUCCAGGCGGGAUCUAAAUUUGAUCUUUGUAUCCUUUUAAGAAAUGAAUAUAUUAUUUUGCUGAUAGUAGGGAUGCCAUAGGUUUUCUUCAUUCAGUAUUAAAUAAAGACUGUGCUUACUGUUUACUGAGAAAACGGAAAGGGAAUGCUGUCUUCAAACUGCAUUUAAUGCUCUGUCGUUCAUGAGGCAGGACUGUUCUGAGGUUAAUGCCCAACCUCUUUAGUGAAAGACCUCCAGGGUAAAAAUGUUACUAUCUAUAGUCCUUUUUUUUUUCCCCCUUAAGACAAAUAGGCUGAUUAAUAAAGAGUUGCCAAUG